AUGUCCUGCCAGCAGAGCCAGCAGCAGUGCCAGCCUCCACCCAAGUGCCCCUCACCCAAGUGUCCCCCGAAGAGCCCAGCACAGUGUCUGCCCACAGCCACCUCCUGCUGUGCUCCAAGCCCUGGGGCCUGCCCCACCCCUAGCACCGAGGGCGGCUGCUGCCUGAGCCAUCACAGGCACCACCACAGGUCCCACCGAUGCCGGCGCCAGAGCUCUGACUCCUGUGAUGGGGGCAGUGGUCAGCAAGGUGGGGGCUGCUGCUGA